AUGGAAACCUGCAUGGGUAUUUUGAAGGUAAGAGGCCUACGACAAGGUGAUCCUAUGUCCUCUUAUCUCUUUACUUUGGUUAUGGAAGUACUCACUUUGUUGUUGCAGUAUGUCUCGUCGGAUUCUCCAUUUACUUUCCAUCACCAAUGUGUGCAACAAUCUGUUAUAAAUGUCUGUUUUGCAGAUGAUUUAUUUCUUUUUGCUCAUGGUGAUUUAGAUUCAGCAAAGGUUGUUAUGGAUGCUUUGAAUGUUUUCAAAGACAUGUCAGGGCUGACUCCGAAUCUUCCAAAGAGUACCAUUUUCUUUUGUAAUGUUUCUGACCGGGUGAAGAAUGCCAUAUUAGAUAUUAUGCCCUUUGAAGAAGAUCAGCUAUCGGUAAAAUAUUUAGGGGUGCAUUUGAUAUCGACUAGACUUGUGUACAAAGAUUGUGCCAUUCUUAUUGAGCGCAUGGAAAAGAAAAUCACGAAUUGGUUAUAUUUUGCAGGUAGACUCCAAUUAAUUAAUUCUGUUUUGAUCUCUAUGCACACGUAUUGGGCCUCCGUUUUCAUUCUUCCUACUCGUAUCCUUCAUGAGCUUGAACGAAAAAUGAGAGGUUUUUUAUGGUGUCAAGGGGUCUUGGUAAAGGGUAAGGCUAAAGUUGCUUGGAAGUCUGUAUGUACUCCAAAAUAUGAAGGCGAUCUAGGUAAAAGACACAUUUUUGAUUUGAAUAAUGCCCUUAUUGAGAAGCAUGUGUGGAGUAUUCUGAAUAACCGUGAGUCCUUAUGGGUUAAGUGGGUACAUUCUUAUAGGUUGAAGGGGCGAAAUUUCUGGGAUUUCCCUUUUCAAUCGAAUGUAAGCUGGGGUUGGCGAAAGCUGCUGCAAUUGCACCCCAUAAUUAGGCCUUUUAUUUGGUCUAAACUAGGUGAUGGUUGUUCAACGUCCGUAUGGUUUGACAAAUGGUUUUCUGGUUGCCCAUUAAGGGAUUUCUUGUCACCUAGGGACAUUUCCAGAGCUGGCUUCGUGAUGUCUAGCUCAGUGGCGGACUUGGUUGAUAAUGGAUCUUGGAAAUGGCCGAAUGCAUGGUUGGAUUCUUUUCAGGUGUUGCAGAACUGUACCGCCCCUAACCUUACACAUGGAAGACCGGAUUCUCUAAUAUGGAGCAAUUCUGAUGGGAAGGAGCUUGAUUUUUCUGCCUCUAAUGUGUGGGAUAUGAUUAGAGUUAGGAAGGAGCAAGUAGUGUGGGUUAAUGUUGUUUGGUUCUCAAUGAGUCCGGAUUCACAUGCGCAUUUUUUUUUCAGGUGUAUAUACUCGACUACUGUUUGGACACUUUUUAAGGAUAUGGCUGGUCUUGGACAUGUGCUGAAUACCGAAGAUACUACAGACUACUUGAUUCCGAUUUCCAAAGGCAAAUCUGCAAAAAGUGUAAUUGGUAGAUUGGUUCAUGCUGCAGCUGUUUAUUUUAUUUGGCAAGAGAGGAAUAAUCGUAUGUUUACCAAUAACAUGAGACCCCCGGAAAGAUUAAAGGAGCUCAUUGUUAACACGGUCAGAAUGAGAUUAGCUUCGGUCAGGUUCAAGGCAAACAGGAACGUGCUACAACUACUUGAAAUCUGGAAGUUACCGAAGAGUCUUCUUAUGGAUGGUGAUGAUCCAUCGUGUGUCACGUGA